AUGGAGAACGAAAGCCGAGAGAAGGCGUAUACGCUGAUAACGUACACGGCAGCUGCAUUCUCGCUGGUGGCCAUUCUGGCCGUUUUUGUGACACUGCCCAUGGUCAACAACUACGUGAACAACGUGAAUGCACGUGUGGCACUGGAAAUGGAAUUCUGUCAGAUGUCGGCUCGCGACAUAAUGAUGGAAGUACAAGAGUUCCGUGCUUCACCGCUACACAACGCACAUCAGAAGAUGUUCCCACUGAACGAAACACGUAUCAAAAGGCAAAGUGGAUGCGAGGGCUGCUGUCUACCGGGACCACGUGGUCCCGACGGACCACCAGGCAAGGACGGCAUACCGGGACGUCCGGGUGCAGAAGGUCCACAAGGAUUCCCUGGACGACCACCAAGAAUAUGCGAAGAGCCAACACCAGCACCAUGCAAACCAUGUCCUUCAGGACCACCAGGUCCACCUGGUCCAGCCGGAGACAAAGGACCACCUGGACCUCAAGGCCAACCUGGACGUGGAGGCAAUCAA